CACAAUCGCAUUCUGCAGAAAGCGUAUUCUUAAAAUGAAGUAGCUGUCCCUCUGGGGCCCCAAGUCGUUUAGAAGCACAAUUGCAGACGCAUCAAAAUGAUAGGCUCUUCAGGAUGGCUGAACGACCAGCGCAAGAUCGGGCUGGGCCUGACGGCGUUUGGCAUCCUGUUCACCAUACUCGGCAUGAUUCUGCUCUUCGACCGCGGGCUUAUCGCCAUGGGCAACCUGUUGUUCCUCGCCGGGUUGACGACGACCAUUGGCUUCCACUCCACCGUUAGCUUCUUUAUGAAAAAGAAAAACCGCAAGGGCUCGGCGUUCUACCUGGGCGGCUGCGCAGUAGUAGUGUACGGCUGGACCGUCAUAGGGCUGAUCCUCGAAGCAUACGGCUUCUGGUUGCUGUUCUGCGAGUUUUUCCCAACGGUGCUGCAGUUCCUGCGGAAGGUGCCGGUGCUUAGCAAAAUCCUCGACCUGCCGCUGCUUAAGCUGUUCUUUAACCGGAUACAGCAGCUCGGGGGGCUGCCGCAAACGCAAUACCAAGCUGGAGCGGCAACACCGUACAAGCGGUAGCGCUUGUCAGGCAACUGCCGGACCACUGCAGCAGCGGCAGAGCGAUUUUAGAGUGGCGCGCGGUGCGAUGUUGGGAGGUUGCACGCCGUGCUUGGAGGCUCUGGAGCCUGCUCGGGAGUGCUUGAGGGGCAGAGAGCGCUGUGUUGUGUCACAGAACUAGUGGGCAUGUGGAACUAAUGAAUACUGAUGGGUGGGAGCGCGUUGGGCCCUUGUUGGCAGCAAUGAGAGCACCUACAGCAGCGCAUCACAUGCAGCUGGGUGCAUUUGACUUCGGGCCAUACGCCUGACUAGCAACGGGCGCAACAUGCCCCUGUGAGGCCCACAGACUGGGUCGCCGCUGGGCAUUUGGGGCGCAUACAUGGGGACCAGGAGGUUUGUGUUGUUUGGCUUGCAGCAGAGGCCCGGCUUUUCCCUACACCGCAUGCAGGUGUGGGCACUUUUUGUUUGUUAUGCGGGGCCUGUAGAUGGUGAAGCAAGUGAGGCGGAGGGAGCGUCCCGGAUAAGCCGGAUGGCUGCAAGUGUAGGAGGGAGGUUACCGUACCGUAUCACGGAAGGCUGUAACAGGGCUGGACC